AUGUCACAAAAAUCGUCGGUGCGAAAAAAACGCGUGAAAACCACCUUGACUACAGAUAAUUCGUUAAAAAAGGUGGACAGCGACAUCGCCGAGUACUUCGACGACAUCCUGAGUUUUGUUCCCGAGAACAAUCGGACCAAAAGGACGCGAGUGUCUGUGAUACGUGAGGAUAAUGGUGUCGUGGUGCCAAUUAUCAGUGUCAAAAGAGCGAAUUCGAGGGCAGUGGGGAGUAAAGCCAAAGUUGCCGCGGAGAAUGUCAGCGCACCUGUAUUACCUGCGAAAAGGUGCAAAAGCAUUUUGGGAAACAGGGGUGAGAGUGAAGAUGACGACAAAAGUGAAAGCUCCCACGUCACGCCGACGCACUUAUCUGUUUUGCGGACGCAAAAUUUUUGCGCGUCGUUUAAAAAUGGCAAGAGUAAUAUCUUCGAUGGCCUUACUCAGGGGAGCUCCAAAAUAUUGAGUCUUCAGGCAUUGAGUGAUGUUGACAGUGAGAAACGUUUGGAGCUGUCCAGCUGGGGUCUACCUGCACUGGUUCUUGAGAAGUAUCAGGCUAGGGGUGUUAGAAAAAUGUUCUCCUGGCAAGUAGAGUGCCUGGCGAAUAAAAAAAUCUUGGAAGAAAAUAAAAAUCUGGUUUACUCUGCUCCGACUUCUGCUGGAAAGACAUUGGUCGCUGAGUUUCUUCUUUUAAAAACAGUUUUGGAGCGCAGGAAAAAGGUCAUUUUCAUUUUACCAUUUGUGUCUGUUGUCAGAGAGAAAAUGUUUUAUUUUCAAGACCUGUUAACGGACAGUGGAGUCAGGGUAGAAGGUUUUAUGGGAGGUGUAGCACCAUCUGGAGGUUUUUCAGCUGUGCAUGUUGCAAUAGCUACCAUUGAAAAAGCUAAUUCUCUGAUAAAUCGUUUGAUGCAAGAUGGUGACUUGGCUACUCUAGGAGCUGUUGUUAUUGACGAGUUACAUUUGCUUGGUGAUUCCAGCAGGGGUUAUUUGUUGGAACUUUUGCUAACAAAAUUGAGAUAUAUGACAUUAAAUCUAGAGCAUGUUAAUAUUCAGCUGAUUGGCAUGUCGGCAACUCUUCCGAAUCUUCCUCUCAUAGCUGAGUGGCUUGAUGCAGAACUCUACAAGACUGAUUUCAGACCGAUUCCUCUUCAAGAGCAAUGCAAAAUUGGCUCAUCCCUAUUUGAUAGAAAUUUGAAAGAAGUCAGACAACUCGAGCCAGCACCUGACAUAGUCAACGACCUGGAUGGCAUCAUUCAGUUAUGUAUCGAAACGAUAAACGGAGGCCAUGGCGUUCUAAUAUUCUGCCCAACAAAAAAUUGGUGCGAAAAACUAGCCACCCAAAUGGCUAGCACGUUUUUCCAAUUGGGUCGCGACAAAACGCCGCACGGCCAAAUAUUGCGCAAGCACAUUGAGUCCACAGCUGUCGAAGAAGUACUAGAACAGCUUAAAAGCUGCCCAGUUGGCUUGGACAACGUAUUGCGGAAAACUGUAUCUUUUGGCGUGGCCUUCCAUCACGCGGGUUUGACUAUGGACGAGCGUGACAUUAUUGAGGGAGGUUUUCGAGUAGGUUCACUUAAAGUUCUGAUAGCUACUUCUACGCUGAGCAGCGGCGUUAAUCUUCCUGCCAGGCGAGUAAUCAUACGUUCGCCACUUUUCGGUGGCAAACUGUUGGACAAAUUAACUUACCAGCAAAUGAUCGGUCGAGCCGGUCGUAUGGGCAAGGAUACAGCAGGUGAAAGUAUCCUCAUGUGUAAUCAGAACGAGCGCUCGGCUGCGUCGAAUUUAAUGACGUCGUCAAUAGAGCCGAUCGUAUCGUGCCUAAAGGACUCGGGACCUCUGGUUCGUGCUCUCCUCGAGGCUAUCGCUAGCCAGAUUGUGCGUACUCCAAGAGACCUUGACUUUUACAGCAAAUGUACGUUCGUUUACAAAUGUGAGGACAACGAAGUCAAAAACUUGGUCAACGAAGCCGUGACAUUUUUAAUCUCGAAUGAAUUCCUGCUCGUUAAAGACGUCGAGGGAGACGAGCAGAGAAUGGUAGCGACGUGCUUGGGUAAAGCCUGUCUGUCCGCCUCUGUACCACCACGGGACGCACUCUUUCUGUUCGAGGAAUUACAACGCGCGAGGAAGUGCUUUGUCCUCGACACGGAGCUGCAUGUCAUCUAUCUGGUGACUCCCUUCAAUGCUGGUAGUCAGAUCGGUCAGAUCGACUGGAUGAGUUUUCUGGAGCUGUGGCGAUCACUGUCGGAGAGUGAGCGUCGCGUCGGCCAGCUCGUUGGUGUCGAGGAGAGAUUCCUGAUGACUGCCAUACGAGGUGUCGUUAAAUCUGGCAAAAAGUUAAACAUCCAUCGAAGAUUUUACACCGCUUUGGCGUUAUACGAUUUGGUACGGGAGGUACCGCUGAAUGCCGUUUGUCGAAAGUACAGCUGCUGCCGCGGACUACUGCAGAGUUUGCAACAGUCAUCAGCAACGUUCGCGGGCAUGGUAACUAGUUUUUGCAAAGAACUAAAAUGGGACUGCAUGGAGCUACUAUUUGCUCAGUUCCAAACUCGCCUGCAGUUCGGUGUGUGUAGAGAUUUACUGGAUCUUCUUCGACUGCCAAGCUUGAACGGGCUUCGCGCACGAAGUUUAUUUAAGCAGGGGAUUACGACCGUAGCCGAACUUGCCGCUGCCAAUGAGCUCGAUGUCGAAGAAGCAUUGAACAAAGCUCUUCCUUUCGAGAGUAAGAAAGAUUUUGACGGGGGGAAUGAAAUGGAGAUAGAAAAAAGGACUAAAAUGAGAACAGUUUUUAUCACGGGAAAAGAUGGGCUCACUGCGCGAGAAGCUGCCCUGAUUGUCAUUAAAGAAGCCCGUGUUUUGCUAAAGAACGAACUCGGCGUUUGUGAUCUUCAGUGGAGUCAAAAUCACAAGAACGGGGUUCAAGGCAGUCCUCGUUUUUCCGGUAUAAAUGCAAUUUCUUCGAAUCAUCUGAGUUUAUCGAACCUCUUGCCUCUCUCGCGAAGUCCGUCUUUUGAAGUGCGUACGGUAACGACGGAAGCUGUUAUCAAUAAGUUCGAAGAAAAAUCAAUGGAAGUGGGAGAAAAAAAUUACAAACCGUCUACUUCGGAAAAAUCAAUAGAUAAUAGAAACGCUACAGCUGCCCUCAAAAAUCAUAAUUUGAUAUCAAUAUCCAAAUCAUCCGAUAAAAUUGAAAAUCAAGUCUCGAUUACGGAAGAACUCAAUUCAAUUUCUAAGUCAUUAAAUAUAACUGAAAGAUUUGUGAAUGAAAAUCAAGCUACGAUGAUGGAAAAAUCAUUUAGUGAUUUGGAGGCAAAAAAAACUCCAGAAAAUAAAACUUGUAUCUCUGAAAGUGGUAGCGAAAUAUUGUCUACGUCUUUGGAAGAUAUAAUUAACGAAAGCGACAAAAUCCAAGAUGCUUCCAAGACGCUAAGAUCAAAGCUGGCGGAGAGGACAAAAAGCUUCUUGAAAGAAGAUCAAAUAACUAUUCGCUCACUCGAUUUUGAAGACGAAAUAAACUCAUUGAUUGAUCAAUCGCCUAAAAUCAAACAAAAACCACAAAGGCCCGUUCAGAGUAAUGCGAAAUCUCAAUCACUAGACUCCUUCCAAAUGAGCGAACGUGCUAUUAGUGAAAUCAUGCAAGUCGUCGAGAAACAAAACGAAGACGUAUUUCAAGUACCAGCACCGGUUGUCGCUGCAAGAUCAGAGGAAGAAAAGAAACGCACAUCUAUAGGCUCGAACUCUUCGAAAAGUCCUAGCUUAUUCAGUGACAGUUCAUUCUUGGAUGCACAAGUCUGCAGUAUAUUGGAGAAAAACGUUAUCGAGACCUGUUUCACUGAUUCCGAGAAAAAUGAUACCCCUCCAAAUUCUUCCAAAAAUACCCGAACUCGUGAGCUACCUGUAAACGGUAAAGGUUCAAUAAAUUCUCCAUCCACUUUAAAACAAACUACUUCCAUUUGCUCCACAAGUACCUCAAAAAACGUGAAAAAUAAUCCGAUCGAUAAAAAUUCUUCGUCGGCAAAAGUUCAACAACUUUACGAAAGUAAAACGUCAGACUUGAAACAGAUAUCAAUGCCUAUGACCUGGAACGACGACUCUUGGGAUAGAACAGGCAACAUCCAACCCAAUAAAGAAAAAGAAAACGUCACAGACGAGAAUCUUGACAAGGGGAGUCCGUCAAUUCUACACAUUUCGAAAAUUCGCACACGCAGGCCGCUAAUCACGACGCAGAUUGGGCCCAAAAAAAUUGAAGGCACGAUCAAUAAAAACCGAUCGCGUGAUUCGCCUUUAAUCGGUACGCCGAAACCGGUUUUGCAAAAACGAGCUUCGGGUAAGGAGAGUGCCGAGAAUAAAGUCGUUGCGUGCGGUAUUAAAAACAGUUCUAGUCACAAAGCCAACAUGCCAAUUGUGUUCAGUUCGAAUCAAUCGGAUUCCGAGGACUCGGUGGGCAGUUCGCAAAUUACAGUUAAAACUGUGAUCAACAAGACUCGUAGUAGAAUCGAUCAAAAAAUAAUGGCCACUCAAAAAUUACGAAAAUCUACGAUGGAUAAAAGUUCGAGUGCAAAAAUUACGUGUGACUCUACUUCAAAGCUAGUCAAACAAAACUCGGAUUUUUUUUCAGAAGACACUACCACAAGCGAUAACGACAGCUCCGAAAGCUGUUUGAUGUUUGAUUCGGAUGAUACUUUUAACUCGCGGCCGAAAAAAUCAAAAAGAAUCACAGGCAGCACAGCUUCAGACCAAAUGUUGCGAUCCAACAGUUGUAUGAGCACAUGGAGUAGCGAUGAAAUAAUCGAUUCUAGCUCUGUAAAACUAGUAAACGUAGCAACUUCGAAACAAACGUUCCGAUUGUUCCGUAAUGAAGUCAAGCGAAAAAAUAUGGCUAUAGCACUUGUCACUGAACCAUACAACAGAGAUCCAGUUCUCACGAUUGGUGGUAGGAUAGUGGGUACGGAAAACAAGAAAAAUACCAAAAAGACUGAACCUUUUGUAUAUAAGAACAGUAAAGUCCGCGGGGUCAUUUUUAGCUGGGGUAUGAAAGCGGUGUAUUACGUGCCUUUUAACAAUUCGAUAGGUGAGACACUUGUUACGAUAAAAGAAAGAAUGAAUUUACUUCGAGAAAUUUUAAGUGAUCCAACAGUAAGUUUGCGUUGCUUCAAGGCAAAGGAAGUUUAUAAAUUUUUAUACGUGUGCUGUGAAAUUCAAUCGUCUUGCGAGUUUCUCGAUCCUCUAACGGCCGAUUGGUUGAUGAACUCGGAAAGCGUUUACAAAAGCAACAUCGAAAUGGCUGUCGAGUACUUUCCGAGUGGCAUGGAUUUAGUCAAAAAUUGCGAAAAUAAUUUUGGUAGUGGUACAGAAGAAUGCGCGCGAGCGACCGUCAGAGCUCUACUUGCCUGGUAUACAACGAAAGCCAUUUUGGAGAUUUUCAAAGAACAUUGCCCAUCUUUACUAGUAGCUUACAGGGAAAUAGAAAUGCCCACCGUUAUAAUUUUAGCAAAAAUGGAAUUGAGAGGAUUCGGCAUUAAUAUGAGCUCUUUGCGAGAACUCACUACAGUCAUGAAAAACGAUUUAAUUCGCAUAGAGGAGAAAGCUUACAGUCUUGCUGGUAGAAAAUUCAAUUUUAAUUCGUCCAAAGAAGUGUCGGCGGUUCUUGGAUUAAGUAGAAGGGGGAGGGCCUGCACGAAUAAAGCUGCCUUGAAAUCGUGCGAGAAUCCGAUUUCCGAUCUUGUUACGAUGUGGCGGAAACUCAAGAACGUAGAAACAAAAAUUAUAUUUCCCUUACUACACUUUGAAAUGAAAAAUGAUCGGAUACACGGAACUUGCAUUACUCAUACAGUUACGGGGCGCGUCUCGAUGCACGAACCAAAUUUACAAUGUAUUCCUCGAGACUUUAAAUCAGACAUAAGUGGCUGUAUAUUCAGCACCCGUAUGGCAUUUGUACCGUCAGAAGGCAAUGUCAUGCUGUCUGCUGAUUUUUGUCAGCUAGAACUUCGAAUUCUAGCUCAUUUUUCUCAAGAUCGUGUUCUAUGCAAUCUUUUUCACCAGGAUGGUGACAUUUUCAAAAAUAUUGCUGCUAGGCUCAAUAAAGUUACAGAAGAAAUGGUGAACGACGAAAUGCGUCAACGAGCUAAGCAACUGUGUUAUGCCAUGAUCUAUGGGAUGGGAUCUAAAUCGUUAGCGCAAAGUCUUUCUGUCACUGAAUCCGAAGCCAAAGACUACCUUGAGACAUUUAUGGGAACCUAUAAAGAAAUUCGAGUGUGGCUCAAUGCUGUUUCCGAAAAAGCACGCAUUGACGGCUACGUUUCAACUUUAAUGGACCGUAGACGCGUACUGUCAGGUAUCAAGAGCGAAGUUCCAGCAGUCAAAGCACAAGCAGAAAGGCAAGCAGUAAAUACCAAAGUACAAGGCUCUGCAGCUGACAUUACGAAGAAGGCAAUGGUGCUAAUAGAAAACAAAUUGCGAGAAAAGUUUUCGUGCUUACCAGUGACUUUUCCCACAACGCAGACACAGACACAGACCAGAAGGGGAUUACGAAGUAAUUAUGGGGACUGGAGACCGAGAGGUGCCUACUUAAUACUACAGUUGCACGACGAAUUACUCUACGAGGUGAAUUCGAACGAUCUCGAAGUGGUGGCUAGAAUUGUUAAGGAAUCGAUGGAGAAUGCUUUUAAGCUAAGCGUGCCCUUGCCGGUUAAAAUGCGAGUCGGUUCAGCUUGGGGUAAUCUUGAGGAAUACGAAAUUCAAGAUUAACUUAUUUGCUUGAAGGUAAAACAUACGUAAUUAGGAAUUUUUUAUUAUAAUUUAAUCGUAGGUAAAACAAUUAUUUACUUUUUGUUACGGUGAUUAGUUUUUAAGAGCUAAAACAUUAGGAUAUUUAUUAUUUAUACGUAUCUAAUUAAAAGGAAAACUAUAGUCAUAAUUUUAUUGUGGCCAAAACUCGACUUGGCUGGUUUUACAGGUUUUUUUUGUUUUUUAAUCGUGAAGUAAUCAAUUUUUACACUGUUGCAAUAAGUUUUUAUGAAUCAAAUCAAUAACACUUUAUUCAAAAGUGUUCAAUUUAUAGAACUAAUUUGAUUUAAUCAAAUAUAAUCGUACAUAUUGUAAAUUUUAAUGUAAAAAACUUUUUAUUUAUAUAAAUGCAUUUCAAAAAUUGAGAAAUAAAACA